UCUUUUCCUUCUAUAUUUGCAUGACAAUCUUGUUUGUAUCUUGAAAAAGGUUGAGAGAGAGAAAUGGAGAUCAGCAACAGCUUGAGAAGAACUUCAUCGGCAUGGAGGAGCAGCCGGCUGGAGAUGUUCUCUCAGUCGUCGCGAGACGAAGACGACGAAGAAGCUCUGAAGUGGGCUGCCCUUGAGAAGCUCCCCACGUUCGAUCGUUUAAGGAGAGGCAUCUUGCUCGGGUCACGGGGCGGGGCCAACGAGGUUGAAGUGGCUGAUAUCGGGUACCAAGAGAGGGCGAAGCUGGUCGACCGGCUUGUUAAGGUAGCGGAGGAAGACAACGAGAAGUUCUUGAUGAAGUUCAAGAACAGAAUAGACAGAGUGGGGAUUGAUUUGCCGACAGUUGAGGUUAGGUUCGAGAAUGUUAAGAUUGAAGCAGAAGCUUAUGUUGGAAGUAGGGCUCUGCCUACUUUCCUCAACUUCUUCAUCAAUAUUGCUGAGGACUUCUUGAACUCUCUUCAUAUCCUCCCCAGCGAAAAGAGGCCCUUGACAAUCCUAGACAACAUCAGUGGAGUCUUGAAGCCUAGCCGUAUGACGCUUCUUUUAGGACCUCCGAGUUCCGGAAAAACAACAUUAUUGUUGGCUUUGGCUGGAAUGCUUGAUCCUUCUUUAAAGUUUUCAGGAAGUGUGACAUAUAAUGGACAUGGGAUGAAUGAAUUUGUACCUCAAAGAACUGCAGCAUACAUAAGUCAGUAUGAUGUACACAUGGGAGAAUUGACAGUGAGAGAGACAUUAGCUUUCUCUGCCAGAUGUCAAGGAGUCGGAAGCAAUCAUGAUAUGCUGGCGGAAUUGUCAAGAAGGGAAAAAGAGGCGAAUAUUAAGCCUGAUCCUGAUUUAGAUUUUUACAUGAAAGCAGCAGCUACCGAGGGCCAAGAAGCAAAUAUUGUUACAGAUUAUAUUAUUAAGAUAUUGGGAUUGGAUGUUUGUGCUGAUACUCUUGUAGGAGAUAGCAUGAUCAGGGGAAUUUCUGGUGGGCAGAAAAAACGAGUUACGACAGGGGAGAUGCUGGUGGGACCGGCUAAAGCGCUAUUCAUGGACGAGAUAUCGACCGGGUUGGACAGUUCGACUACUUACCAAGUGGUGAACUCGAUCAGACAAUCCGUCCACAUUCUCAAAGGCACAAUCCUCAUGUCACUCCUGCAGCCCGAACCCGAAACCUACAACCUCUUUGACGACAUCAUUCUCAUCUCCGAAGGCCAUCUUGUCUACCAAGGCCCCCGCCACCACGUCCUCGAGUUCUUCGAAUCCAUGGGCUUCAAAUGCCCCGAACGAAAAGGGGCCGCAGAUUUCUUGCAAGAAGUGACAUCAAAGAAGGAUCAACAACAGUACUGGGCAGAGGCCGAGAAGCCAUAUCGAUACAUCACGGUGAGAGAGUUUGCGGAAGCGUUCAAAUCGUUCCACGUGGGCCUUCAGCUGGCGUCGGAUCUCGCCACUCCUUACGACAAGAGCAAGAGCCACCCGGCCGCCCUCACCACCAAGAACUACGGCGUCAGCAAGAUGGAGCUGCUCAAAGCCUGCGCCGCCAGAGAGAUCCUCUUGAUGAAGAGGAACUCCUUCCUUUACACAUUCAAGCUCACCCAACUUAGCGUGAUGGCUCUGAUCGCGAUGACGCUCUACAUUCGACCGAAGAUGGACAAGGAUAACUUGACGGAUGGGAGGAUAUUCGCGGGAUCGUUGUUCUACUCCAUCACCACCGUCACGUUUAAUGGAAUGGCUGAGAUCGCCAUGACCAUCCAGAAGCUUCCGGUCUUUUACAAGCAGAGGAACUUCUACUUUUUUCCGGCGUGGACGUAUUCGCUUCCCUUGUGGCUCGUUAGCAUUCCUGUCAGCGUCGUCGAAGUCUUCUCAUUCACUGUCUUGACUUAUUAUGAAAUCGGAUACGAUCCCAAUGUUGGAAGAUUUGUCAAGUAUUAUCUGGUGCUGUUAUUCCAGAUGCAAGCAGCUUCGUCCAUGUUCAAAGUGAUCGGGGCGGUGGGGAGGAACAUGAUCAUAGCGAACACGUACGGGUUCUUCGUGCUGCUCAUGAUGUUCGCCAUGAGCGGCUUUGUCCUUGCCCGGAAGAGUGUGAAGAAGUGGUGGUUGUGGGGAUAUUAUGCUUCCCCUAUGAUGUAUGGAGACAAUGCCAUCAUUGUGAAUGAGUUUAGAGGCCACAGCUGGAAACAUGCUUCUCCCGAGGCGAAUGUGACGCGUUCUUUGGGUGUCGCGGUUAUAGAGUCGAUUGGCUACUUCCCGGGCUCGUACUGGUACUGGAUCGGAAUAGGUGCAUUGAUUGGCAUGAUUCUGUUGUUCAAUGUCCUGUCCACUCUUGCUCUUACCUAUCUCAACCCUUUGAGAAAAACAGUUGCUAUGAUAAGUGAAGAUGAUAAUGAGAUAUCAAUUGAGAGGGAAGAUGAGAGAAGACAUGGAAAUGUGGUUCUUCCCUUUGAACCACACUCCAUAGCAUUUGACAAUGUCAAGUACUCUGUAGACAUGCCACAGGAAAUGAAGAAUCAAGGGGUGAGUGAGGAUAGACUAGUCCUCCUCAAGGAGGUAAGUGGCGCUUUCCGGCCAGGCGUCCUGACCGCUCUAAUGGGCGUCAGUGGUGCCGGGAAAACUACGCUCAUGGACGUGUUGGCCGGCCGGAAAACAAGUGGCUAUAUCGAGGGAAGUAUCACCGUGUCCGGAUAUCCCAAACGACAGGAGACAUUCGCUCGGAUAUCAGGAUACUGCGAGCAGACCGACAUCCAUUCGCCCUGUGUCACGGUUUACGAGUCCUUACUUUUUUCGGCUUGGUUGCGCCUGCACCAAGACGUGGAUGAUGAAACCAGAAAGGCGUUUGUGGAGAAUGUGAUGGAGCUCGUGGAGCUGACUACAUUGAGAGACGGGCUGGUCGGGCUACCUGGUGUGAGCGGUCUUUCGACAGAGCAGCGGAAGAGGCUGACCAUAGCCGUGGAGCUGGUGGCGAACCCUUCUAUAAUAUUCAUGGAUGAGCCGACUUCUGGACUGGACGCUAGAGCUGCGCAGAUUGUGAUGAGAACGGUCAGGAACACGGUCGACACGGGUAGGACCGUGGUCUGCACCAUUCAUCAGCCCAGCAUUGAUAUAUUUGAAGCUUUUGAUGAGUUGUUCUUGAUGAAGCGAGGGGGACAAGAGAUCUAUGUAGGACCAGUCGGGCGGCAAUCCUCCCAAUUGAUCCACUACUUUGAGGCAAUUGCGGGAGUUGCGAAAAUUAGGGCCGACUAUAAUCCAGCUGCCUGGAUGCUUGAAGUGUCAUCUUCGGCCCAAGAAAGUGCGUUGGGCGUAGAUUUUGCGGAGCUUUAUAGAAACUCUGAACUUUAUAGGAGAAACAAAGGUCUGAUUAGCGAGCUGAGCACCCCGCGUCCGGGCACAAACGACCUACACUUCGCAACGCAGUUUGCUCAGCCUUUCUGGACUCAGUGUGUGGCCUGCCUGUGGAAGCAACACUGGUCCUAUUGGCGUAACCCUCUCUACUCCGCCGUACGGAUCAUGUACACUGCCUUCCUUGCCAUCAUGUUCGGAUCCAUGUUUUGGAAUCUCGGUGACAAAAAGGAUUCUCAGCAGCACAUAUUCAACGCCAUGGGGUCGAUGUAUGCCGCGGUCUUUUUCCUCGGAGCCCAGCUAGCGUCGUCCGUGCAGCCGGUGGUGGCAGUGGAACGGACCGUCUUUUACCGCGAGAGGGCUGCAGGGCUGUACUCCGCCCUCCCCUACGCCUUCGGACAGGCUGUGAUAGAGAUACCUUAUUGUUUCAUCCAAGCGAUUGUGUACGGAACCAUAGUUUAUGCAAUGAUCGGAUUUGAUUGGACGGCAAAGAAGUACUUUUGGUAUAUAUACUUCAUGUUCUUCACACUCGUCUACUUCACCUACUAUGGCAUGAUGGCGGUGGCGCUCACGCCCGACGAGAACAUUGCCAACAUCGUCUCCUACUCAUUCUACGCGCUCUGGAACCUCUUCUCCGGAUUCAUCAUCCCUCGACCCAGAACACCGGGGUGGUGGAGAUGGUACCAUUGGGCGAAUCCCGUGGCGUGGACAUUGUACGGUUUGAUUGUGUCGCAGUAUGGUGAAGAGAUGGACGUGUUGGAAGACACGCAUGUGACUGUCCGACGUUUUCUGAGAAGUUAUUUUGGAUUCCGACACGAGUUUAUCGGAGCCGUGGCUGCCAUGGUUGCCGGAUUUGGAAUUGUUUUUGGUGUGAUAUUUGCUUUUGCUAUAAAGGUGUUCAAUUUCCAGAAAAGGUAGGGUAUAUGUUGGAAUAUACUCCAUGGGAUGUAUUCAUAUCAUUACACUAAAUAUUGUUUAAACAGAAAACAAAUCUCAACCUUUCAUUUUGUCAAUCUAAGGGCCGAUAUUAUAGCA